AUGCGCUUCUCAGCGGCAGCUCUCGUAGCAGGCCUGCAAGUGUCCGCCGCUCUUGUCGUGGACGGCGAACAGAAGCCCCUAGGCUUCCAACAGAAACCAAAGGGUACGGCGACAAAGGGAAAUAAACAGCCCAACAUCGUCUUUACCCUUACCGACGACCAAGACUUGCAUUUACAGUCUCUUGACUAUCUUCCCCUCAUCAAGAAAUGCCUGGCCGAUGAAGGCACUACAUACAAACGCCACUACUGUACAACGGCCAUCUGCUGCCCUGCCCGAGUAUCUCUGUGGACGGGGAAGCAAGCUCACAACACUAAUGUCACGGAUGUAUCACCGCCGUAUGGUGGAUUACCCAAGUUCAUCAGCCAAGGCUUCAACGAAGCCUACCUACCCGUCUGGCUCCAGGAAGCCGGCUACGACACCUACUACACCGGCAAGCUCUUCAACGCCCACACCGUCGACAACUACGACUCCCCUUACCUAGCCGGCUGGAAUGGCUCCGACUUCCUCUUGGACCCUUACACCUACUCGUACCUCAAUGCCACCUUCCAGCGCAACCGUGAUGCACCGGUGAGCUACGAAGGCCAAUACUCAGUCGACGUCCUAGCCGAAAAGGCCUACAGAUUCCUCGACGACGCCGCCCCAAAACCUCCUCACAGUAACGUCGAGCCGCGCAUCCCUUCUUCAGCAGCAGGCGCCCUCCACCGCCGCCCAACCUCCGAAGAAGACGACAUUGAAAAACUCGUCUCCUUCACUCCUCCCAUCCCCGCCGCCCGCCACGCCCACUUGUUUCCGGACGUCGUCGUCCCGCGCACUCCGCACUUCAACCCCUCCUCGCGCGCCUCGGGCGUGUCCUGGAUCUCGCAGUUGCCAGUACAAAGCGCCGAAAACGUAGCAUUUAACGACCACUUCUACCGCCAACGCUUACGUACGCUGCAGUCCGUCGACGAGCUGGUGGCUGGCGUCAUCGAGCGGCUGGAGCGUCAUGGACUAUUGGAGGAUACGUACGUGUUUUACACGACAGAUAAUGGAUAUCAUAUUGGUCAGCACCGCUUGCAACCGGGUAAGGAGUGCGGGUUUGAAGAGGAUAUUAACGUCCCGCUUAUUGUGAGGGGACCGGGCGUGAAGAAGGGAGCAGUGGCGGAGGUGGUGACUAGUCAUGUUGAUUUGGCGCCUACGGUGCUAAAGUUGGCUGGGGCGUUGGGUGGUGAUGAUGAUGAUGAUAACAAAAAGGUAGAAGAAUAUAAGCUGGAUGGCGAGGCGAUCCCGCUUACGGCUGAGGAUCUGGAGGAAGCGAAGGAGAAGGGGGAGAGGCAUGAGCAUGUCACUGUUGAGUAUUGGGGGUUUGCGUUGUCGGAGGGUCGGCUGUUCGGCAAAGACGCGACGCGGUUCUGGACAAAUAAUACGUACAAGGCCGUGAGGAUCUUGGGUGAUGGGUAUAACUUGUACUACUCCGUUUGGUGCAGUGGCGAGCACGAGCUGUAUGAUCUUCAGACCGAUCCUUACCAGCUCAACAACCUUCUCGCCCCUUCCUCGCUAGACAGUGGGAACACGCCGUCGUCCCUCCUUGGAGUACCAUUCCAGAAGGUUGUUGUCCGGCUCGACUCACUUCUCUUUGUCCUCAAGUCGUGUAAAGGAAAGACGUGUAUUCGACCAUGGGAGGCAUUGCACCCGGCUGGAAAUGUGCGCGACCUGCAUGAUGCUCUCUCGAGUAGGUUUGAUACCUUUUACGAGAAAGAGCAGAGGAGAGUAGCGUUUGAUAGGUGCGAGAAGGGAUACAUUGUCGAAGCGGAAGGUCCGCAGUUUGAGACGCACGGGUUGGUAUAUCGGGAUGGACACCGAUGGGAUCAGUGGGUUUAG